AUGGCUACUGGCCAAACCACCAUCGAUCUUGGGGCAACGCCUCAGGUGCCUCAAACAAAGAGCACCAAGCAACACGGCAAGCGACCAUUCCAAGGGCAUCACCGCAAAGUCGCAAAAUACAGGAAGAAGGAAAAGACUGCCACGGAGGGGUCUUAUGAGGAAGUGCUCUUGGCCGAUGUGCAGGCGCUGCUGGCAUCUCAGAAGUUGACCGAGGCGGAUGAGAACGGUGCGGCCCAGACGGCCGAGGAGGCUCCCCUGCCGGAACAAGGGAGUGAGAUCGAGGUCGACGUCGUGGAACUGUCAUCCACGGGAGAUGGGCUGGCGAAACAAAAGGGGUCCAACCACAUCUACGUGGUGCCCUUUUCCGUACCCGGAGACACAGUGAAGGCCAAGGUGUACCGUCGCAAUCACGAGGAAGGGUACACAGCCGCCGACUUCAUCUCCGUCGUCAAGCCCUCGGCGCUCCGCGACGACAGCCGAAUUCAGUGCCCCUACUUUGCCAAGUGCUCGGGCUGCCAGUUCCAGAUGCUCGACUACGCCGAGCAGCUCAAGAUCAAGAAGAACAUUGUCGUCAAGGCGUACCGCAACUUCUCGCAGUUGCCGCCAGAGCUGGUCCCCGAAAUCCUCGACACUAUCGGCAGCCCCCUGCAGUACGGUUACCGCACCAAGCUCACGCCUCACUUUGACGGCCCCCCGGGUAACCCCAGACGAGGGCCGAAAAAGAGCCACUCGUCCAUGCCGCCCUUUGGCUUCACGCCAAAGAACACCCGUAAAGUUCUCGACAUCGAAGACUGCCCCAUCGCAACCGAGACCGUGCGCAAGGGUCUCACCGAGGAGCGCGCGCGCUUGGCGGUAAGUUACGGCAAGUACACCAAGGGCGCGACCAUCCUCCUCCGCGAGAGCACCAAGCGCGUGCCCAAGGCAUCCCAUUCCGACACUCCCCCGCCACCAGAAGGCACCCCCAGCACAGCCCUCCGCGUCGAAACCGACACGCACAUCGACUUCAAGACCUGCAUCACAGAUCAGAACGCCACCUCGACCGAGUACAUCGACUCGUUCGUCUUCACCAACCCAGCCGGCGCCUUUUUCCAAAACAAUAAUUCGAUCCUCUCCCCCUUCACCGCCUACAUCCGCGAGCACAUCCUCCCUCCCCCUUCCACAACCAGUACCAGCACCACCCAAAAACCCAUCAAAUACCUCAUCGACGCCUACUCGGGCUCAGGCCUCUUCACCAUAACCCAAUCCUCCCUCUUUCCGGGCGGCAGCAUCGGCAUCGACAUCGCCGAGAAGUCCAUCGCCUAUGCGCGGCGCAACGCGGCGCUCAACGGCCUGGACGAGUCGCAGUGCCGCUUCCUCGCGGCCGACGCGCCCGAGCUGUUCAAGAGCGUCAGCGCCUACGACCCGGACGAGACGGUCGUCGUGCUGGACCCGCCGCGCAAGGGCUGCGACGCCAGCUUCCUGCGCCAGCUGCUCCAAUUUGCGCCGAGGAGAGUCGUCUACGUCAGCUGCAACGUGCACACCCAAGCGAGGGAUGUCGGGGUGUUGGUGAGGGGAGAAGUCGAGGGCGUGAGGGAGGGGAAGGGGAAGGGAACGAGGUAUGAGAUUGAGAGCAUCAGGGGUUUUGACUUCUUUCCGCAGACGGGGCAUGUGGAAGGGGUGGCUCUUUUGAACCGGCUUGAUGCAUAA